CCUAGUAUGACGACUACACAGACCAUCACACUGCAACCGCUUGGUGGUCCCCACCAUAGCUCAGCACCAAUACAACAUGAUCAAUCUGGAUCAACGCGCAGUUCACGGGCGCGGGCGUCACUUCAGUUGGAUUCGAGAGUUUCGCCAGCAUCCAAUCCUGACAGGCAACCGGGGGCCCGUAACAAUGCCGCAAGCCUUGAAGACCAAACCUCGCGUCUGCCUUUCCGUCGUCUGAUGCUAGUCUACGCUUGCCUUUCGACAACGUACUUUACUUCUGUCCUUGACAUCAAUUCCGUUGCAAGUGCUCUACCGGUUAUCGGGGACUCCUUGAAUGCUGGCCCAAGCAUCACUUGGGCGGGAACAGCUUAUUUGAUGGGCCAGGCAGCUUUCCAACCACUAUACGGUCGCCUUUCUGACGUAUUUGGACGGAAGCCUGUUCUGAUGAUGUCUCUGGGUUUCAUCGCUAUCGGGGGUCUUCUUUGUGGAUUUGCGCAAUCACCUAUAUGGUUAUAUAUCUGCCGAGCAAUCAGCGGUGUAGGCGGAGGUGGUGUCAGCUCGGUCGUACAGAUAGUGGUCUCUGAUCUAGUCAGUAUGCGAGAUCGGGGCAAGUAUCAAGGGCUUUUGAGCGCAGCUAUUGGGUUAGGCGCUUGUACCGGACCCUUCAUUGCGGCAGAGAUGCUACGCAGGGGGGGCGACUCUUGGAGAUGGAUUUUCUGGGUACCACCAAUUUUGGCCACAUUGUGUCUACUGUGUAUGUGGUUUCUGCUACCUUUGAAACCGGUCACGGGAAGUUGGCAAGAGAAACUGCGCAAGGUCGAUUGGUAUGGGUUGAUUGUGGCUGUGACCGCGAUGAUUUUCCUACUGCUCCCCAUAAACUCUGGUGGAUCGAUGUGGCCCUGGAACAGUGCUUUGGUCAUUUCCAUGCUUUGCAUUGGUGCUUUUAGUUGGAUUGUCUUCUUUUUCAUUCAAAAGCAUCUCGCAACUCUGCCCAUGAUACCACUAGAGCUGUUUUCACGACGCUCUACUCUGGUCCUGCUCCUGCAGGCACCAGCUUAUGAUUGGGUGUGGCAAGUCGACCUAUAUUUUCUACCGAUAUAUUUCCAGCAAGUACGGGGCUAUACACCGUUGAAAGCGGCCACACUAUUGUUGCCAUUGUUGAUCACCCAGAGCGUUGCGGGCUCUAUAUCCGGCCCGCUCAUGACGAAAUUUGCCAGAUAUGGGCCUGUCCUAUGGACAGGGUUCGCACUUUGGCUGCUAGGAGUUGGCCUUAAAGUCAACUUCUCACGAACUACAUCAACGUGGAUUGAGGUAUUGUCGUUGAUCGUCGAAGGUACCGGAAUCGGCUUUGUGCAUCAGCCUGCCCUAGUCGCACUACAAGCUUCAUGCAAACCACAGGAUCGCGCCGUUGCUACCUCAACGCGCAACUUGAUGCGGAUGUUGGGUGCUGUAACAGGCUUAGCGGUGAGCACAGCAGUUCAGUAUGCUGUCGCGAACUCAGCACUUCCCGGCGGAUACACCGCCACGGAUCUCAGCGUUACAUCGUCUAAUGCAUUAGCCGAAGCACAGAUGAAGGGCGUACGCGCUAUCUUCACGAUUAUGAUACCACUCAUUGCAUUAUGUGGAAUCGGGUGUUUUUUUAUUCCCAAUGCAGUGCUGGAGGGAGAUGAGAGGCGGAACAAUGAUAGGGCGUAG